AUGGCAGUGGCUAAACAAUUUUUGGGUACGUCUCUAUCGGAGAAAUCCCAAUUUAUCAAUUCAUUUAAGGUGGUCUUGGUUGAUCAGAAAUCGGGCCAGUUUUCUUCUUCCCAUCCAACUCAGGUUAAACCUGCUGAAAGAAGAAGCCUGCAAAUAAGGAAAGCAAGGAGGACCAGUACUGGUAGUAGUCCGGUAGCAGCUAUCAGUGAGAAGAAUUUGGUGAAGGUUGUACCAGAAAAGGCAGUACAAUUCAAGGUGAGAGCUGUUGUUACUGUUAGGAACAAGCACAAAGAAGACUUGAAGGAGUCAAUUGUGAAGCAGUUGGAUGCUCUGACUGACAAACUUGGAAGAAAUGUGGUGCUAGAGCUUGUUAGUACAGAAAUUGAUCCUAAUACAAAAGCUCCAAAGAAAAGCAAGCAAGCGGUGUUAAAGGACUGGUCUAAGAAAUCAAAUCUUAAGACACAGAGAGUAAAUUACACAGCUGAAUUUGUUGUAGACUCCAAUUUUGGGGUGCCAGGGGCGAUCACAGUGGCUAACAAGCACCAACAAGAGUUCUUCUUGGAGAGCAUGACCAUUGAAGGCUUUGCAUGUGGUCCAGUACAUUUCUCUUGCAACUCUUGGGUGCAAUCCAAUAAACAUCAUCCUGGAAAGAGGGUAUUCUUCUCUAAUCAGCCAUAUCUGCCUGGUGAAACGCCUGCCGGGUUGAAAGCAUUAAGAGAGAAAGAGCUCAGAGAUUUAAGGGGUAAUGACAAAGGUGUCCGGAAAUUAUCGGAUAGAAUAUAUGAUUUUGAUGUCUAUAAUGAUCUGGGCAAUCCUGACCGAGGAAUUGAAUUUGCUCGGCCAUCACUUGGGGGUGAUAAGAUUCCAUAUCCAAGGAGAUGUCGCACAGGACGUGUUCCAACUGAUACCGAUUUGAAUGCGGAGAGCAGAGUGGAGAAGCCACUGCCCAUGUAUGUACCUAGAGAUGAACAGUUUGAGGAGUCUAAGCAAGAUGCAUACUCAACCGGAAGACUUAAGGGAGCACUUCACAACUUGUUGCCAUUGUUAAUGGCCAACAUUUCGGCUAAAAAUCAUGACUUCAAGGGGUUCUUAGACAUUGAUAGCCUCUACACUGAAGGACUACUUUUGAAGCUAGGCGUGCAGGAUGAAUUCUUGAAUAAGCUUCCAUUGCCCAAGGCAGUCAACAAAUUCCGUGACGGCGAUAUUCUCAAAUAUGGCAUUCCCAAAAUCUUAACAAAGGACAAAUUUGCAUGGUUGCGAGAUGAUGAAUUUGCCCGGCAAUCAAUAGCAGGGGUUAAUCCUGUAAGCAUUGAAAGGCUUCAGGCCUUCCCACCUGUUAGCAAGCUUGACCCUGAAAUCUAUGGCCCCUUGGAUUCAGCUCUCAAAGAUGAGCACAUCCUUGGGAAUCUCAACGGAAUGACAGUGCAAGAGGCUUUGGAGGCGAACAAGCUAUACAUACUGGACCACCACGAUGCCUACUUACCAUUUCUUGACAGGAUUAAUGCCCUUGAUGGCCGUAAAUCAUAUGCAACACGCACCAUAUUUUUCUUGAGUGAUUUAGGCACUCUCAAACCCAUCGCUAUAGAGCUUAGCCUCCCAGCCACUGGCCCAAGUUCUCGUUCAAAGCGUGUCGUAACGCCACCGGUUGAUGCAACCACUAAUUGGAUCUGGCAGCUGGCUAAAGCCCACGUUUGCUCCAAUGAUGCUGGUGUUCACCAACUCAUCAAUCAUUGGUUGCGCACACAUGCGUCAGUGGAACCAUUUAUACUGGCGGCGCACAGGCAAAUGAGCGCAAUGCAUCCAAUAUUUAAGCUUUUGGAUCCCCAUAUGAGAUAUACGAUGGAGAUCAAUGCAUUGGCUCGCCAGGCCUUGAUCAAUGCAGACGGUAUCAUUGAGUCUUGCUUCACGCCUGGUCGUUAUUGCAUGGACAUUAGUGCCGCUGCCUACAAAAAUUUCUGGCGUUUUGAUUUAGAAGGACUCCCAGCUGAUCUCAUCAGGAGAGGGAUGGCAGUACCGGAUCCAACGCAAACCCAUGGGCUAAAACUUGUCAUGGAGGACUAUCCGUAUGCUGCGGAUGGGUUACUGAUAUGGGCUGCAAUUGAGAGCUGGGUCCGCAAGUGUGUGAACCAUUAUUAUCCCGACCCAAGCGUCGUGUGCAAUGAUAGGGAGCUUCAAGCCUGGUAUGCGGAGUCCAUUAACGUGGGCCAUGCGGAUCUACGCAAUGCCGACUGGUGGCCCACUUUAGCCACACCUGAAGAUCUCAGCUCAAUUCUGACUACUCUCAUCUGGCUUGCAUCAGCGCAGCAUGCUGCAUUGAAUUUUGGCCAGUACCCUUACGGUGGCUACGUGCCGAACCGGCCGCCGCUCAUGCGGCGACUAAUCCCUAAUGAAAAUGAUCCAGAAUACGCAGUUUUCUUGGCUGAUCCACAAAAGUAUUUCCUCUCUGCCCUGCCGAGUUUGUUACAAGCAACAAAAUACAUGGCCGUGGUAGACACCUUAUCGACUCACUCCGCCGAUGAGGAGUACCUUGGCGAGAGGAAUCAUCCGUCGACGUGGACAGGGGAUGCGGAGGUCAUCGAAGCAUUCUAUGAAUUCUCGGCAGAGAUUGGGAGGAUAGAGAAGGAGAUUGAGGAAAGAAAUGCUGACGCAAGAUUAAGGAAUAGAUGUGGCGCUGGGGUGAUACCAUAUGAGCUUUUAGCACCUACUUCAGGACCUGGGGUAACAUGUCGAGGUGUUCCUAAUAGCGUGUCAAUAUGAGUCCAGGCAAAGUCCCUGACGAGGCCCAAGAAAAUCUGAGAUUUGAGGGAUGUCGAAUGUAGCCCAAAAGAGGAUCUGCAAUGUUGUUCUAAUCAAUCGUUUAUUUAGAAGAAGAAGAAAAUAUGUUUGUACUACUACGCCUGUAAUGUAAUGUAUGGUAGGCCCCGUUGUCCCGUCAGUAUCGUAAAAAUCUAGUAGGAUUGUUCUGUAUAGCGUUUCUUUUUAAGGAGAAGCCCAGAAAUAUUGGAGAAAUGUGGUAGUGUGUGUGGUCUUUGGUAUUUUCUUAUGCCUCAGAUUCUCACAUAGAUCCAUUAGGUCCAUGUUUGUCCACGAGGCCAUUAAAUUGCAUAUUUUGCUUUGAUUAAAUUCUAGAUUUAAACGUUGAGGGAAA